UCGAGCUGAAGUUGAUCAGAUUCUGCCUGAGGCUUCUGCUGAGGAGACUCCUGGAACUGGAGCAGAUCGAGGUGGCCAAGGAGGGGUACCAGCAGCGCCUGAAGGUGAUGACGCUCUGAUUGAUGCAUCAGAGAUCUCAGUAGCCAUGCAGCAAUCAAUAUCCGAAAAGCAAGGUGCUGCAAGUGCUGAAGAAAUUCUGGAGCGUCUGCCGAAGGUAUAUGCAGCUUCAAGUGAUCUGAAUGAAGACUCUAUGCUGUUGGCGGAAAAAAUGAAGUUAUUUCAAGAUAAUAUAAAGGAAUGUCAGACAUUUUUAACCGAACUUGCCAACCAGUCAGCUGUGAAGUCCCAGAAGCUAAAAGAAGUUGAAGAAGGGCUCCAGCUGAUGGUCGACAAGAAAAGCCAGCUUAAGGAGAAGACCCAAGAGGUCGAUGACUUGUGGAACAAACAUGACACGAUCGAGUUUGAGCACCGCCAGGAGAAGGAGCUGCUGAAGAAAGAGAUAGAGUCCCUGGCAAAGGACAACAAAGCUCUCAAAGAGAAAAAUCAGUCUUUGCAAGAGAAAAACAAGUCGAUUGUGAAGAAUCAUAAAGAUGAAGUAGAGAGGCUGACCAAGAUCAUGGAGCAUGCAGAUGUGCAGCUGGUGCAGUGCAUGCAGCAGAUCAAAGACUUGGUAGCUGAAAAAGAUAUCUGCAACAAGGAACUUGCCGACUUGAAGACUGCUGCACAGGCAGUGGUCGACAUGGUGGAUCCUCCUGAGGGGAGUGUUGAAGAGGGUAGGACUUUGUUGGAGCGACUGUAGGCAGCUCCACAAAGGAUCACCAAUUAUCUUUCGGAGACCACCAGGCAGUAUGUAUCGCAUGUUUUAGGUUUAGUCAAAUCUUAUAGGCCAAAGGCGAACUUGACCCCACUUGGAGAAGGUAUGGCCCUCGAGUGUGACGAAUAGAAGUUUGCUACUCUUGUUGAGGUGAAGCAUGUGGCCGACAAGAUUGUUGAUGCCUUAGAGCAAGGUGCUGAGGCAUGAACAAUGUAUUUGACAUUGAAUUUGUAUGUAUGGAUACAUUGUAUGUAUAAUUGUCAUAAAUCCUGGU